CGCUUUCGCUGGUGCCGAAAAUAUAUUUGUUGCUCCACCUCGCUCCUGCCGCACUUAUCAGCGACAUGCAAGCGCCGUUCGUCGUCCUCGCAGGGCAGCGGCUAAUCUCUGGAUGCGAUCGACGGCGAUAAAGAAAUCACGAGCCUUGCCCUUUCUUCGUCAUCUUCUCCGACAGCCCAGCGGUGCUCGUUCGAAUCGCCUCGGGCGAAAGCAGUCAUCAGCUGUGAGAUGAUCGUCAAGCGCCGCCGUACUUACGUUGCGCCGUACUGACACAUCAGGCUGUGCGCCUCUAGUGUGUUGACGUCGCGUCGUGCAAUUUUACAGCGCGGCUUUUUUGUGUGUUCGUUUUCGCCUUCAUUCAUUCGUCGGAGGCGAUUGCGCCGGCCCGGCUGGGUAUUGCGAACGCGUGAACGCUGUUCGGGCCAUGCCAGCGGCAGGACUUACGACGACGCCUGCCGCUAAGUCGCACCUGUUGAGCCCGGAAGGCGCUGACGCCGUGUGCUGUGGACGUAUCUCGCUGCCGUUCGGGUUAGCGUCGACGGCAUGACGGCGCGCUGACGCUCGACCUGUCAAGACCGACGACGCAGCCGUCCGCUGAAAGUCUGUGUUGGCGCAUCAGCCGAACAGUCGCCAUGUCGCACCGGCUGAGCCUAUCUAAGCUGACGGGUGGUAAGGCGACGUCGCAGCCCACGCCCGUCAUGUCAUUCCGCUACAAUCCAUGCGACGAGGACAUCCAAGAGCUGCAGCCCAUUGCAUCUGCCAGGGAUAACGACGUCCCUUCCCAGCAGCAGCAGCAGCAGCAGCCGGCACAGGGAAGCAGCAGCUCCAUCGUGGGGACGUCGAGUCAACCUGCAGAGCGCUCCGCCGUUGGGACAGGCUUCCGGGAUGCCUCCGUGGAAAGGAGGCACUCCAUCGGUCCGGCGCCCGAGAGGCGAGCGACGAGCGCACCGGAUCUGGACGUCCUGGACCACCCUCUUGCGAACGUUGAGAGGGAAGCCACGCCGGAGCCUCCCGAUGUCUCGAGCAAGACUGGCGGGGCAGCACCUGCGGCCGACGUUGCUGCACCAGCGGAACCGGAGCACUCCAAAGUGGAGUCGUCGCCAGUCAAGGAAUCUAUGAAGGACUACCUCUCCAAGUUCAGCAAGAAGGCAAGCAUAUCUCACUCCACGAUCGAGGCCCACUUGGCCGCAUCGCCCAGCGUGGGGGCCACUGCCCCUAGCGACCACGACGGCUGGUUCACGGGCCUCAAGGGUCGGUUUAGGUGGCUCGAAGAGAAGCGGCAAGGCGCGCGACUGCUGCGCCGGGACGAAGACACCAAGUCCACGACGGUCGGGACGAGCGAUGUCACUGGCGUGACGAUUGGGACCAUGACCGGCUCGACUGCGCUGCACGACGAUGAGACGACGUCGAUCCGUACGGCGGGCCACGCGCUGGACGAGUGCAAGGAGGCAACAGAGAAAGGUGACGACACGAGGACGUGCAGUGGCAGGCAAUUUGUCAACAGCGGCACCGACGACAUGCCCGACCCCGAUCUCACUACAUGGGAGUUCGUCGAGCAGCCCGAGGGGCCCCUGAAGCACCCCAUCCCGUCUCCGUUGCCCACGGUUUCUCGCCACUUCUCGCACGCGUUCCGGGGCCCACAGACGCCCAACCUCACCGUGCUCGUGCACGCCAUGAUGAAGACCAACUCGUUCCUCAUCUCGGGCCUGGUCGGCCUGCUGGCCAUGGUGCUGCCCAUGCCGUCGUUCCCGAGCGGCUUCGUCGUCGGCUGCGUCGCGUCCUUCUUCGUGUUCAGCUUCCUGUGGUACCUGCUGGUGCCGACGCAGGAGCGGCACCCCUUUGAAGUGCCCGAUUACAGCCGGAUGCCGCCACUGAGGGUGCCACGGCAACCCGCGGGUGACUCCAGUCGGGACAACAACUCGUAUGAGGGUUGGAUGUCUCAGCUGCCCUUCGACAGCGAGUAUCACAUCGAGACGCACCACAUGAACAACACCCAGUCAGUGCACCUGGUGCUGUCUGGGAACACGCUGCGGCUGCGCUGGCCCAAGCAUCCGGUGCCUCGCCGGGCCAUGUGGAACGAAAAGCGCCCGGAGCCAGUUUUUGUGGGCCAGCGCCACUUCAGCCUCACUUAUGCCAAAGUUACACUGCUUCCGGAAAAACUAGCGCGGGACAGGCUGUGGAACAAGAAGUACCCGAUCUGCCUGCUGAUCCCGUCUGAGGAGCACCACAUGAGACAGAUGCAGCUCGACUCCAACAACCAGGACGACGCAGCGCCCCACGCGGGUUCAGACGAGGAUUUCAACGUCACAGUCAAGGACCUCUACGUGAGGGACGCCACCCGCGAAGACGCUGACGCUGCCACUGCGUCUUCCAAGGACGACCUGACUGGCCCCACCAAUGCCGUGGCUCGCAAGGACUCGAGCCAGGAGAGGGCUUCAGCACAAACGAACGGUUCAGUGUCGAAGGAAUCUCAGCCACCGACGCUUGCGUCGCCCUCGCCGAAGAUGGAGCACGAGGUGCUGUACCUGUUUGCGCGGACGUGCCGGGAGAAAGAAGAGUGGUUCCGGAGGUUCCAGCAGGCCAUCAUGUAUGGUGACAAGGAGCCAAGGGCGAGGCGGUCGUGCUUCGAAGAGUCUUUCAACCAGGUCAUCACGUACGACGCCUACAUCGAGGAGCUGCAGAUGAGGCACCGCGAGCAACAGUGGAUCCCUCCGUACGUCACGACGGCGAAGAGUUCGCUUCUUCCGACGUCGCAGGGCACUGCUCUCUCACAGGGUAUGAAGUCGGACACACAGUGGUUGAACAUGCUGGUCGGGCGCCUCUUCUUCGACGUCUUCACCCAGCACGAAUGGGCUGACGUCGUUCGGCAUCGAAUCCAGAAGAAGCUCAACCGCAUCAAGGUUCCUUUCUUCAUGGAGGAGCUGAUGGUGACUGACAUCCACCUUGGCUCGCAACUACCAUACGUGCGGCGCACCUCUGAGGCCGUGGUGGACAAGCGGGGCGUCUGGGUCGACAUGGACGUCACCUACAACGGGGCCUUCUACAUGACCCUCAGCACCAAGUUGAACCUCAUGCGGCUCAAGCGCUCCCAGACCGAGGAGAUGCAGAGCCUCGCCAUAAACCACGAUGCCUACGACGACGAGAGUGCCGCUUCCUCCUCGGACGACGAGGGAGCCACCACCGACAAGGGGGACACGAGCACCUUAUCGAGAGACCCUAGCUCCGCGACGGGCACGGGUAAGAAGCUGCUGGAGCUGGUGGACAAGAUAGCGCAAUCUCGCUACUUCCAGCAGGCUACCGAGAAUCGCUACAUCAAGCGGAAGAUGGAGGAGGUCUCCAACACACCCCUCGUGCUCACUGUUGAGAUCAGCCACCUGGUGGGCACAGUGGCCCUCAACAUCCCACCCCCACCCACUGACCGCAUCUGGUACGGCUUUCGCACUCUGCCCAAGAUGCAGCUGGUGGCGCGACCCAAGCUUGGAGCCAAAGAGGUCACCAUUGCCCGGGUCACAGAGCGCAUAGAGAAGAUGCUCUUCCUCGAAUUCCAGAGGAUUUUUGUCAUGCCCAACAUGGACGACUUCGUAGUGCCGUUUAUGUACAGCGACAUCAAAGAAUCAUGAGGUGCAUUUUUGUGCACGGCCCGUCCCCAUCAAAAAAAAAGAAAAGUGAGAACGGUGGCAGACGAUUGCAACUUUUUGUCGUCUGCCGCAACGACACAGUGUCCUUGCACAGUUUUGGAGAGGACGCCCACAUGCGCUCAGAGAUUACGAACUUUUUCCUUUUUUUCCACUAACUAGUGAUAUUAUAUACUGGUGUUCUAUGUACAUUUCUUUUUUUUUCGUCUCUUUGCAAUGUUCCUUUAUAUUAACUGACUUUUUAUUUUUUCCAUGAAAUCUAUUAACACAGAUCUGCAAUCACUGUUCUGUUGUAUUUGGUCAUUUUCAACGCACAACUUUACUAUAGCUGCAGGAGUGAUAACAAGUUGCACGUUUUCAUUGUAUGAUUAGUGUAUUUUUAUUAACGUAACCUUUCUGCACUUUAGCAUUGCUAGCGUUUUGAUCACCCUAUUCUGUUUCCUAAAUGUUUAUAUGCAUUGAAACAACUGCGGCUUCUUGGGUGAAAAAGUGUAUAUGUUGUGUUCAAGCGAUUCAUUGUGUUAAUACAUGUUGUGUAGAUUUUUUUUUGUACGGUUCAUACUUCAUGUUCAAAAUGUUAAUGUUCCAGACGUGCACCCUAGUUAAGUGUGCAAAUAUAUUAGAAGCACUUUUAUUUUCAAGUAUGUUCAAGUUGUCCUUUUGAAGACAAUCCGCAGCAAUUGCAGCUGAUGACGCUCAUAGUUCCUUUUUCGUUGAACAUUGCGACCAUAAUGUUGCAUUUGUUGGGCUUGAUUGAGGCUGUCUUUUUAUGCCUAAUGCGAAGGUUUUGUUAGGCUUAGAGUUCGUUAGGCCUAACAUUGAAAUUCUCAUUUGGCCUAAUGUGUAGGGCUUGAGAAAUCAACUUGAGUGCAUGUGUGGGUAGCCAGUCCUUUCCGUACAAAGUCUUUCACAACCUUUUAAAGAGCUUUGCGUUCACCUUGGAAGGUUGCUAGAAGCCUUCCGCGAAGCUUUAAUAUGAGCUUGGGUCUACAGGUCCCACACGACUGCACUGGACACGAUAGUGGCAAGAGAAGCAGUACAAGGUGAUUGUUUGAAGUAGUGUUACGCGGGAAGGAAUGAAGUUUGCACGCUGAAAGGUUUUUACCACUAGGUUUUUACAAAAGGUUGCGAGGAGGGAGCAAGUUCAGUGCGUCUUCCAUAAACUCUUCUCCGAAAGAAAAGUGUCGCAGUUUUCCACAGCGGCGAAUGCGCAUGUUGCAUUCAGUUGCAGGUAUCUCAGGUUAAAGCCGCGACAAGGGGAACUUGUUGGCGGUGGCUCCGCUGUGGAAGAUUUCUGCGAAAUCAUACAUCGUUUUAACAUGUACCUCGCCGUUAAUUUUUUUUUCUCGGUGCCGUUUUUGUAAUUCGUGUGUCAGGUGUCGUGUGUACUUCCGUGCAACCUGCGAUGCAGCUUCCUGCACCACAGACUCCCUAUUGUACAUGCAGUAUGUGGCGCAUUUUCAGCUAACCUUGUAACUUUUGCUCACGAGGCGUCGGUUUGGUUGCAUUUGGUGGGUGUAUUUUCAUUGUCUGGUGAAAUACUCUUUGCAAGCCAAGAAAAAAAAAAGAUGCUGAGAUUCUUUAAUGGUGUUUGUCUGUUUCGUAAUGUUGCCACUGGUGUUUUAUGGCGCCUAAGUGUGGUUUUCAUUUUUGUAACCCCAAAUUCUGUGCACCAUACUUCCUAUCUCCUCCUAUGUCGCUUUCUGCUAUGAAUGAAUUGUAGUUUCCUCAGAAAAAAAAAAAAUGUGGGGCUCUCCAAGUUGUACUUUUUCUAUCGCACAUCGAAACCUGGUUGCUCUGUCGUUAAUGCACACACUUCUCACUGGGAGGGUUAAAUGUCGAUGGCGAAAAAUAACUGCGGAGCUUUUACUUGGUGUUUGGUCUCGUGUAGCAUACCCCAUUUGUCACUUAGGUGUUAACUACAUGUUUCUUACUAGUGGUAGCAAGUGGGAUUUCUUUGGUUUGGCGUGCUUCAGUGGAAUGUACGUUAAGUCCUCGUGGCUUGUCACAGGUGUCGGGCUGCAUGUUAAGAUUGCUAGUAGUUUUCAAGUGUGCCAGAACCAAAUCAGCAUGGUGUGAUGCAUUGUCAAUGCGACAACACCUGAGCUUAAUAUAUCUCGAUGGUGCAAUCUUCAUUUAAAGCAUAUAUACACCCUUCUCAGUCAGUCUGUUGUUGUAGUCUAGUUUAUGUUUGCACAUGCUUAGAAAGGUGCGUUUCCUUUGUUCCUUUGCAACCUUUUUAAGACACUAUAUUGUUUUCAUUUAGAUAAUUUGCUGAAAAAUUGAUGUCAGUAGAGAAAGAUGUGUAUUCAUAUUUAAUAUAUAAUCACAAUGUAUUCUCCCGCUUGUUCCAUGUUUACCGUUUCUCUGGGGCUCUGAUCCCACGUGCAGCCUUUGUCAAAGGUUUACGAGCCGCAUUAUGUGUAGUCAUUCAGUCGGGGCUGCUGGUCAUUUGAUCUUUAAGUGCACAACAGCCCAAGAGGCCGACUCCGAAAAAUCCAGGCUUCUCCUCUGCAAUCGUUGUGGGCGUGUAGGAUGUGUUAGAGAUCCCAAACCAAACGUUCGAGCUGCAUUUUUCUCUCUGAUGUAGCCUCCGCAUCUCUGACGAGGGAGGGCUAUGCACACCUUGGAUGCAUUACAGCAACAUGCAGGCGCUGGCAAGGAGAUCGUGAACGUUUGAUGAAGAAACACGGGCACUAGGUUAUGAAGAAAAUGAAUCUUUAGUUCUGUUUAUCACAGAGAGGAAAAAAAUAUUAACCGAUUCAAACUAAGUGCUACGCAAGGCCUGUUUUUGCACGUACUUUCGUUCCGCUGUGCGGUCAAUCACUGAUGCACAAACAGUUUACGGUUUACAAAUUGGCAAGCACGCACAAUCUUGUAAGAAAACGGCAGCUCAUGUUCCGCGCAAGAUUUACAAGACCCUCAUGACCUUCACACAUGUCCACGCUCGUCCAAUUUUAUUGUGGGCAUGGCUCACUAUGGCAAUGCUAAGGUGAGUUUCAGUACAUUCGGCACGGCCGCACAUCGAAACGCAGUGACGCAGGUGUGCAGGAGCGCAGCGCUCUAGCUGUUGUACAGCAGAGCAUGAGUGGCAGACUGCGGUACUGCAGCGGAUGAUGCAAAGUGCCUCCUUUGGGUCUCUUUGCAUGUGUGCCGCCUCAAUUUCGAUUUUCCGCUGAAUGGACUGGUGCUUCCUAGCAUGUGGUAACGCCAAGCCAUGUUCACUGUAAGAACCGCCACGCGCGUGCACACCCUUGGCGCCACCGACUGUAGUUAUCGGUAGGUGAAGCUGAGAGUAUUGUCAACUGCAAACUCGUCUGUACCCUGGUUGUUGGAGCGAGAUAGUUGGAGCAAGUGAACUGUAAAUUGAGAUAAUCCCCGAUCUCUCUACCAAUCGUUUUUGCAGGUUUUCUGGAAAGAAGUGCCACGUUGUUCCGUCCAAAGCUUGUGAGGUUGUUGGCGCCAUAUGCGGCUUUGUAUUGAACACAUUCCUUUUUUUUUUUACUGCAACUAUUUUUCAACGUUGCUCGCGGCUCGUGAAGCUGCUUUUUUUGUUUUGGGGCACUCUGUAAAAACUUGCGGAGGAAUUUUCUGGUGUGCUUUCGCUUAUGUUUGUGGCAGUCGUAGCGUCAGAGCUUGGUUGUAACUUGUGGAAUUUGAAUUUCCUUGCAUUCUUUCUGUCAAGCAACUUGUUUUUGUAUAAUUACAGCUUCCAUGAACAGAAGCUUCCCUUUUUUUCUUUUUUUUCCUUGAGGUUUAAAGUUUCUUGCACUCCAGAAGGUGCAGCAUAUGUUGUAGUCAAAAGCAUGCAGACCGAGAGUGUGGCCACAGCUAGCGUAGCCGUUAAAGUACUGUAUCGCUCGCACGGUAUGGCAGUACGAGAUGGAAAUGGGAAAUAACGGGCUGUGGAAAUGCUGGUUCUUGGCGUUUCUCAGAUUGCAAAGUCGUAAACCAUUGAUGUCAACCCUUUACAUAAUAGUGGGGAACUUCAGUUAAAUUUUUUGAAAAAAAACUUCCGGGCAAGAAAGCUGAGCUCCACAAAAUCUGGAACUCCUGUGCGAUCCUGGCAGUUGUGCCCACACAGAAUGCACAUAGGUGUGGUGUACCUUAUUAGAAGGCUUCUUAAUUCGAUAACAUGUACAUAAGACUACAUUCAAUAGCUCAACAUGCAUUUUCUCUGCAAUCUGCAUUAUUUUUCGGAAGCUGCUGUAUGGGACAAGGUCACUUUAAGACGGCUCAAUCUCUCGUGUUCCCUCUUCUUCCACAUGUUGAAUCUACUAGCGGCUUUGAGCAUUUUUUUUUUGUUUUUUUUUUUCAGGAUUAAGCCCUUAAUUUUUUUAAUCUCUAGUCUCUAUGGUGCUUAAAACUAUAUACCUUUGUGCAGCACAAGCUAGAAGUCCUACAUUUUAGUGAAAUAUGUUUGUGCUAUGUAUGUGUGUAUGUGUGCCUAUGCUUGCAUCCCAGCCUGUGGCAUGUUCUAGUCUGUCAACUAUGGAUGUAUUGGGCCAAUGUGGGGAAGGGGUGGUAUUCCACGGCAAACUGCAGAGAGCGUGCACUCUUUUUUGCUUCACACAGGAAGUUGGCACACGCACCUGUCAUAUCAUUUAUUAAAACAUCCACAAGUUCUGUA